AUGGCAAGAGAGGCUUCGACUGAUCGUCAUACAAUGUUAUAUGCUAAUACAAGCGGCAUGAACACCAUAGUCGAAUGCACUGAGAUUCCCUCCACAUUCCAUUCAACAGGAAUGUGGAACUACAUUCAUCAUGGGAUUGUGCCGUAUAUGUUGCCACUACUUCAGCUGCAGAUGGUUCUCAUUUUCAUCCUCUUCCAAUGCUCCCAUUACGUUCUUAAGCGUUAUGGAAUCCCCAAGUUUACCACACAACUUAUUGUAGGCAUAAUCCUUGGUCCAUCGUUUCUGGGAAACCUCAAAAUAUUCAACAAUAUUUUCUUCUCAAUUAAAAGUCAAGAAAUAAUAGGGAUGUUGUCUUUCCUUAGUUACGCGCUCUUUCUCUUUGUGAGUGGGGUUAAAACAGAUGUAGGAAUGAUAAAAAGAAACGGAAGAAAAGCCUUGUUUAUCGGUAUUGCAAGCAUGUUGUUGCCUUUGCUAAUUGGGUUGUCUGUCGAAGUGAAAAUUGGAAGACUCUGGUUGAAGGAAGAAGCAUAUAGACUUCCAUUUGAAACAACAGCACAUUGUAUGACUUCAUUACCUGUCCUUGCUUUGCUUCUUGAGGACCUCAAGAUCCUUAAUUCUGAACUUGGUCGAUUAAGCCUAUCUGCAGGAUUGGUAAGUGAAAUUUUAACCUUGCUACUUUUCAUUAGCACCACCGUGAUUAGACUUAACGACAAGAAAGGUAGUAUGUUUGCCUUUGUAGCUUUAGGAGCAAUCAUGAUCUUUAUUAUCAUCGUCGCAUUUGUAAUUCGACCAGCAAUGUUUUGGGUAAUCAAGCAGACACCAGAAGGCAGACCUGUUGAAAACACAUAUAUUCAUACCAUCAUGCUAAUGGUGCUUGGCUCUAGCUUGUUUUCUCACUUGUUUGGUCAUACUUUACUCUUUGGACCUUUCGUUCUCGGUUUGGCAGUACCAGAUGGACCGCCUUUAGGAUCAAUCAUUAUCAAUAAGUUCAAUUGCUUCAUUUCUGAUGUGUUUCUGCCACUCUUCGUGACUACUUGUGCGAUGAGGAUUGAUCUGAGUUUAAUCAAAUUCAAUAACAAAUUCAUGACGGUCAAUGGAAGUCUCCUUGUUUUGACUUUUGUGGUCAAAAUUGUGGCUUCUUUGAUUCCUCCCUUGUACUCCAAAAUGCCAUUAAAUGACGCUCUGGCACUCGCUCUCUUAUUGAGUUGCAAAGGAAUAGCCCAACUUUCAUACUAUACAUAUCUCAGAGAUAUUGAGAUCAUGACAGACCAGGUGUUCGCUUUGUCAUGUGUUAGCAUCCUAGUGACUGCAAUUUUCGCGCCACUUCUCGUGAAGUUCUUGUACCACCCUUCCAGAAGAUAUGCAGGUUACCAGAAAAGGGAUAUUAUGCAUUGCAAAGCCAACACAGAGCUCCGAAUCUUAGUGUGCAUUCACAGGCCAGAUAACAUUGCUGCUGUAACCAAACUACUUGAAGUCUCGUGCCCAUCUAGGGAAAAGCCUCUUGCUGUUUAUGUACUUCACCUUAUCCAAUUAAUUGGUAGAGCCACUCCUAUUUUUAUUUCCCACCAACUGCAGAAAAAGAUUGUGUCCAAUAUUUCUUCUUCAGAGAAUGUCAUUAUCGCCUUCAAUCACUUUCAACAAGACAAUCAAGGUGUUGUAUCAGUAAACGUCUUUACAACAGUCUCUGUAUUAAAGUUCAUGCACGAAGACAUAUGCAUCCUUGGAUUGGACAAACUCACAUCCCUCAUAGUACUCCCGUUCCACCGAAAAUGGUCCACUAAUGGUUUUGUUGAAUCAGAUGACAAUACCAUAAGGACCUUAAAUUGCAGUGUGCUUGAACUAGCCCCCUGCUCUACUGGGAUCCUUGUUGACUGUGGUCAUUUAGGCCGCUUAAUGGUUUCAUCACAGUCGCCAUGUUCUAUUGCCAUGUUCUUCUUAGGAGGUAAUGAUGAUCGAGAGGCCUUGGCUUUUGCCGAGCGCAUGGCCAAUCAUUCAAAAAUUACCUUGACGGUGGUUCACUUUGUUGCCUCUAGCAAUGAAGAUGAUACCAAUUGGGACAAAUUGUUUGACAAUGAGAUACUGAAUGAUUUUAAACUUAACAAAGUGGGUAAUGAAUAUGUUAUAUUCCAAGAGGAGAUGGUGAAGGAUGGGGCUCAGACAGCAUUGAUAGUUCGAUAUAUGGUGAACCAAUAUGACCUUAUUAUUGUUGGUAGACGGCAUAACGUAGAGUCUCCUCAGACAUCUGGGCUUGCAGAAUGGAGUGAAUUUCCAGAGCUGGGGAUUAUGGGAGACUUGCUUGUCUCAUUAAAUCUUAACAACAGAACUUCUAUUUUUGUGGUGCAACAACAACAAAAGAAGGCCUAG